AUGAGUCGGUCUGAGUCACGCUGGGGAGUCAUCUUGCAGCAGACGAUGGCAACAGUAAUAUAUCAAGACCACCGUCCGGACGUGUGGAUUUAUUCUAUUGCGCAUACCAUUGGAGUUGGCUCUCUUUCGCUCGGGACGAUGAUUUGCCUUGACGGCGGCACCCUCGAAGGAGGCGGCCAGCUCGUCCGCAACGCCGUCGCGCUGUCUGCGUUGACCGGCCAGCCAGUGCGGAUAACCCGCAUUCGAGGAAACAGGCCCGGGGCCACUGGACUCCGGUCGUCGCACGCAGCAGCGAUACAGUGCUUGCUCGAUAUCUGCGGUGGGACGGCGGUGAACGCGACGGUGAGAUCGUCCGAGAUCACUUUUUACCCGCGCGGCCAGCAGGACGGUAUUGAGCCGGCUGCAGCGAAAGAAAAGGACUUUGCUGCGGCGCUGCGGACGAUCAAGCUGGAGGCUCUGGCGGGCGUGCCCCCCAUACAGCCGCGAUAUAACGUGCGACUGAAGACUCCCGGCUCGGCGUUCCUGAUAUUCCAAGCGUUGUAUCCCUACCUGCUGUAUGCCGGCGCAUGCGCGAAUGCUCGGGCUGCAGAGCACGGGGAAUGUCCACCAGAAGCAACCAUCAAGCUGAGCGUGACGGGCGGAACCAAUGUCUCGUUUUCUCCCUCAUACGACUACGUCUCGCAGGUCCUCUGUCCCAAUUUCGCGAGGCUGGGCCUGCCGCAUCUCGACGUGGAGUUGAAGCACCGGGGCUGGAGCGCCGGCGCAACAGACUUGGGCGCGGUGUCGUUCCUGAUCCACCCGCUGGAUAUACAAAAGGCGGCACAUGCUGCUGGGCUGGCCGCGGACGAUCCGAGAUGCAGUUCAACUUCAUUCGCGCCGGUGUUUCCGGCUAUAAACAUCAACCGCUACGAGCGAGGCACCAUCACCCAGAUUGAUAUCACAGUCCUAGCGCCCGACACGACUCUGGAUGACAUUGAGUCUGCUCGCAAACGUCGCAGCUUCAAGCGACAUAAAUCUAAAGAUGGCCGAACCGAGCAAUAUCCUGACGCAGGCCUCGCCGCCGAUGAAUCCGACUCAGGCCCUGGAAAGCGCUCCGCCCCGCAUUCCGUCCGGGAAUUCAUUGAAAACUAUGCUUUUCAGGCAGUCUGCAACGCAUUUACUAUCAAAUCUAAAGGCGGCCACAAUUCCCAGCAACCAAAGAUCCAACUACACCACUCUGAGCGAACGCGACACUAUUCCCAGACCUAUAUUCUCCUGGUUGCCCAUACGUCAACCGGGUUCCGACUGGGACGAGAUGCGUUGUUUGGAGUCUCCAACACGUCUGAAUCAAAGAUAAAGCCCGGCAACAAACCCAAAGGGCAAGGGAAAGGGCAGGGGCGAUCUCACGCAAAAUCAAGAGUCAAUACGGGCGCCGACAUGGAACGGGCUAUCGAGGGCAUGGUCAACAGGUGCGUUGAAGAUUUGAUGUAUGAACUUGCGGAUGGAGAUGGGGCACGGGACGUCAAGACAAUGCUCGGAGACGACCAGCCAAGCAGGCUCUUGGACUCGUAUAUGCGUGAUCAGAUUGUGGUGUUCCAAGCACUGGGAAACCUGGCGGCAGGCGAGGAGAAUAUGCCGUCGAGCACGCCUCCAGAGCGCGGCCUGAGCUUACACACCCAGACGGCCAUGUGGAGUCGCCCAGGGGGACUGUUGGGAGGCUACAGCACCAUGGGGUCUCUCAAUGUAUACAUCUUGACAUUCAACUGUGCCCGCAAUCUUAUUGACACCAACCGAUUCGCAUCCCACUUGUUCGAUGGCUUACACCCUGGCGCUCCGCAAACGGCCGCCCAUCUACCGGACCUUCUAGUGCUUGCGCUGCAGGAGGUUGCACCGAUUGCUUACGCGUUUCUGGGUGGAUCGUAUCUCGACCGGUACUACGAUGCCUUUCGGGACGCGUUGGAUAUAGCGACAGCCGGCGCUGCUGGAGACGGGGCUGGAGGGCACGUCCAUUACCGGAACCUGGUAACGAAAAAUAUUGGGAUGACAGCGUUGAUGGUGUUUGCGAGAAGCGACGUGGUCGAACGAAUACGCUACAUCCAAACCGCGGAGACGGGAGUAGGGGUGCACGAGGCGGGAAAUAAAGGUGCUGUCGGGGCGCGGAUUGGGUGUCUGGCUGGGCGCGAGGAUGACUCUAGCGACGCCGGCCAUGAUGGCACAGUGGAGGUGACCGUUGUCAGCGCGCAUCUCGCUCCUGAUGAGACUGGCUGGCAGCGAAGGAACCAAGACUGGAAGAGCAUUGCGCAGCGACUUGUCUUUCGAUCAGAGGGCACUGAACACCCUCUUCAUCAAGAAGACGAAGAAGGCAUGCCACUUUUGCGGUCGUCUGCGUCGUUGAACGAGCCGUCGGCCUUGUACUCGCCAAACUCGUACUUGUUCGUUGCGGGUGAUUUCAAUUAUCGCACCGCAGACGCCAGGCCUGCGCCGCAGGAUUACAGGACGUUUCCUCGACCGUUGGAGAACGAGGAUCCGAUGAGCCAAUUUACAGAUUUGUUCGCGCUGGAUCAGUUGAAUCGCGAACGCGAGGCAGGCAGGGUUUUCAAUAGGCUCAUGGAGCCCAAAGUUAUGUUCCCGCCGACAUACAAGUAUUCCAAUGAUGCCCGCAGCCUCGCGUCCGUCGACCCGAACGGUGGCUGGAAGUGGGCGAAAACCCGUUGGCCCAGCUGGUGCGAUCGAAUACUUUACCUCGACCAUCCCUCUAAAACAAAUGAAUCCGGGAUCGUCAAGAUUCACAGGUAUGACAUACUGCCCUUGUGUUCAACGUCGGACCACCGCCCAGUGGUCUUGUCUGCCUCGGUUCCUCUCCAAGCACUCCCUGAAUCCAGCGACUACCGACCUCCCUUCGAGGUCGAUCCCCAUUGGGAAGACAAGCGAGCAGUCGCUAGGAGAAAAGAGCUGGUUGUUGGUGCUGUGGCCUACCUCGGUUUGACCUGGGAAGGGAACGGUAUUGUGGUGGCGACCGUUUUUGGACUCGCAGCUGCGUAUUAUGGUUUACAUGCCCUGCUCGCAGGUUGA